AUGGCGAAAGGAUCCAAGUCAGCGGUACCAGCUACGCCGGUGAAGUCGGGACGAGGAUCGGCCGAAGAUUCGUCAACGAUCGCGAGUGACUUAACGUCUCGGUUGUCGACGUUCUCCGAAAGGUCGGUCAGUUUCGAAGAGUCGGUCGACGAAGAUUCGGACGCCAAGGAUGACAUGAUGAUGGACUAUGAUGACCUGGAGGAGAAGACUCCAGCGACGACGCAGGAGUUCGGAGAUGAAGAAGAUGCGAUGCUGUCCGCGGGACGUAGCGGAGGCUCGCGCUCCUUGUCGCGGAACCUCGUCGCGGAAUUUGAUGAAGUGGCGAAACCCGACCAUGCGGAUGACGACUUUGAGGAUGGCACCGAGACCUCGGCUUCGAGGGCUCUGGUGCAGGUUACUAAGGGUCCUCAAGAAUCCCGCGGAAGUCGGCCCGCUAUGAACAGCAGCACUCCAGCUGCAAACAAGGUGCUCGGCAGAAUGCUCGAGCAGAUGGUGGAGUCGAGCGAGUGGAUAUGGCAGUUCAAUCCCGAGAUGACGCGUCAAGCGACUUGGGCUGAGCUGAAGGAGGAGUUACAACACCCCGUUGAGUCGACCUCGGUUACUCAGGUGACCGAGGACACGGUGUCCCUCCUACGAGCGAUGGGCUGCGAGCCAAGGACUCGUCCGUCCGAAGUCUCGAUCAAGAGUUGGACGCCGGGUCUCGCCGGCAAGGAGCUGCAUAAGUGGAAGAGGAAGCUUCGCCUGAGCUUCGGGGAGUCGGACCUGACUCUGGGACGCCCCCCGAGUGCUCGCCCCGCGAGGGAGCAAGCUGAUCCUUCGAAGAUCCCACUGCCACAGACACCCAAGAAGUCCGCCGAGCGGUCAAAUCAAAGCCAAGCGACGGACGGAGUGUUCUCCGCCAAGACCGAAGGUUCGCCGUACUUCCAAGACUCGCACAUGGUGACUCCUAGGUCGGCGAGUCGAGCCGACCGUAUUGCGCGUGAGUCCGAAGGUUCGCGACGCGAGCGGAGAACACAACGAAGCUCCACGCGACGCUCAAACCGCCGGUUUACACCGCGCGAUGACUCCUCGUCCGACGAGGACGACAAUGACAACAUCGACUAUGAAGAUGGGUUUGACAGCCCGAGCGAUGAGUUGGCCCGUCAAGUGCGCGAAGUGAGUGAGAUGGAGCGACUGAGUCCGACUCCUCGGCUCGAGAUCGCCACACACCGGCCGCUUGCGCAGAUCAAGAAUUUCUCAGGAGCCCGCAAUCGGAGUGAAAACUCUAUGCAGUGGCUCCGAGCUUUCGUCUACAAGAUGAAGGGAACGCACACUCCGCCUAACGAGUGGUGUAUGGCUUUCGAGCUGAGCCUUCGGGACGGUGCUCUUCACUGGUACCGUCAACUCCCGAAGAGGACUAAGCGUCAGUGGAAGCGACUGAGCGAUGCGUUUAUCAAGUAUUACUGCUCGCAGUUUAGCCAGUCUGCGAAGGCUCGCUACUACUCUGCGAAGCGCGAGUCCUCGGAACACCUUUGUGACUACCUCAACCGACUGAAUGGUUACGCCCGUAAUGCUGGCCUACAGUUCGAGAGUGGUGGUCGCGAUGCGAAGGACCAUGUACAGCGGUUCCUCGAGACGUGCGGUGACCGAAGCCUCGAACGCCGGCUUUGCCACGUUCGGGUGAAGGACAUUCACGAACUCGAGGACAUGAUCAACGACAUCUUGAAGUCUGAAGAGCGUGGGCAGUCGCGCGAGACCUCGUCUCACCACUCGCGCAGUCGAGACCAACCGCGUCGUCGUGAUGACCGUCGCCACGAAGCUUCGUGUGACAGUUACCGUCGCGGCCGCGACCGUGGUUACGAACGUCGCCGCGAAGACUCUCGCCGCCGCGAUGACUCGCGCCAUGUUCCGCGCAUUUCGCUAGCUGAAGCUUCGCUGUCAGACUUGGUCGCUGAACUGCAAAUCCGCGGUACCAAGGGUGGUAGAGCCGAGCGCUCGUCGCCACGCCGUACCCCGUACAGCGACAGCGAGAGUGACGCCAGUGAUUAUCAUUACUCCGAGAGCGAUCCGAGUGAUGGUGGCUACAGUGACGUUAGCAGCUCUGGUGAGGAAGGAGCUCACGUCGCUGCUGCCAAUGAGCGCGAGCGACGCCAAGCAGCUGAAGGAACGUACGCGCGCCCUGACCAACGUCAACGCAAGGGUGGUGAACCCAGCCGAGGAUUCGACCGGAGUAACCGCCACUCCGGCCGAGACAACCGUGAUGGUCGUCCGCGUCAGUACGGACCGUGCGCAGCUUGUGGUGGAGCCGGGCAUUCGGCUCACUACUGCUACCGCCGCCGCCGACUGUGCCAGCAGGUGCAUGACAUCGGCAAGUGCGAAGCACUUCAAGCCCUCACUUCGUUCAUCAAAACGAAGGCCGAGAAGAAGGACCUCUCGCCAGAGCUCCAAAGCCUAGUCUUCGGUGGCAAUUUAAACUAG